AUGAGCGGCGGUGGGUCGCCGGACUUCUUCUACAGGGAGGCCCUGCGCCUCGGCUACGUUGCGAGGUCUGCUUUCAAGGUCCGUCUUGUUCUUCACUUAAAAACAUCGUGAGCCAUUUUCCUCCCUCAAGCAAAGAUCUUACGGGUUCGCCUCCCUGGCGCAGCUUCUGCAGAUGCAGAAACAGUACAGGCUAAUAACCCCGGGGGAUUCAGUCCUCGACCUGGGCUGUGCUCCUGGGGCAUGGCUUCAGGUAUCCUUUCCCUCUUCUUGAUCUAGUUACCGCAAAUACACCUCCACCGCCAUCUGCAAUUUAGUCCUAAAGGCCAUCUGGAUCGUAACUUUGAGUAUGAAUAAUGGCUACUAGGUGGCCUGCCAGAGCUUGGGUCCCGCGGAGAAGGGAGGCGUGGUCGUCGGCAUCGACGUGAAGGUGAGUAGCACGAAUCACGAGCUCAGUCAAGUGGCCAGUCGGCGCAUUCGGGUCCCUUCUCCUUUGCAUUUCAUGCCCCUCUGUUGCAGAGCAGAAGGUGAAAGUCCCCAAUCUCUACUGUGACUCCAGAGUGAGGACUGCUUGCGCCGACGUAAUGACUCUCUUGAAGGCGCAAGUCAGAGCACUGUCCCCACAGGUGGUUUUAUCUUGAAUCACAUCUUCUUCUCCGACCUCGGAUUCUUUAAAAUUGGAUAUCGUUGUGCAUUCAACAUAAUCAAGAUCUGUUUUCCUCCACUUUUGUCAUGGUUUUCCCAAACUUCCAACGAUAUGUAACUGGCAAUCGCAGCCUGAUUCAAUCCGUUUCCUGCUUGUGGCUUCCUGCAGUAGCUGCUAUACUAUGUUUAUCUAGUAUCCAAGCUAUUAUAUUUUCCCAUAACAGUCCUCUAGGCUAUUUGUCAUCAUAUGUAUCGGAGAUAUGCCUCUAUAUGGACGUGUGAACUAGGAGUAUAGACAAAUUAGGAAGUUUCUAACCUGUUCAAGGAUGUGUUCUUGGUUUGAAUUAUCCAGACAUCCAAGUGUUUUCAAUGUCUUCUGGGUUUCUUGUUCGAGUGAUGAACUGAUCAUCUAAGCCAGCGCUCUUGUUUUCCAAGAUUGUCGUUCUACACCUUAUUGCUUAAAUUUGCCGAGAAAUAUGCGAUAAAUUCUUCGAUGUUUUCAUAGAUGCCUUGGCUCCUUGGGCGCUAGAAACCCUGUGUCUGUGUCUCACAGGCUGCAGUUGAGAAUUCUCUUGCUUCACCCUUACAAGAAUGAAGCCUGCUCACCCUCUUAAGCUGCAGGGCCGUGGAUUUUCCGUGAUAUUGUCGGACAUGUGCCCCCCUGUUUCUGGGAUCUCAUCCAAAGAUGCCGCUUUGUCGUGCGAGCUGGGAGCGCGGGCCCUCUCGCUGGCUAUCGGAAGCGCUGAACUGCCCAGUUUUGAUGGUGCUGUUGAGGGCGAGAGCUACCUUGGCGGCGGUAGCGGCGGCGUGCUUAGAGCCGGUGGCAACCUCGUCAUCAAGCUCCUUGAGAGCGAGGACAACCGAGGUAGUCGUCGGACGGCUGACUAUUGAGCAUCCAAAUGAACGGCGUCCGUCGUGCUGACUGUCUCUCUUUGGGUCCUCUCAGAAUUCGCUCAGUUCUGCAAGCCGCUAUUCAAGAGGAUGUCUUGGACGAGGCCCAAGGCGACGAGGUCGAGCUCGAGGGAGAUCUAUCUGGUCUGCCAAGGCUUGCAGUAG